AUGUGCGGAAGUUUCAGUCGUGGGAAUAGACGUCUCAACAGAUAGAGAGGUCGUCGAAAAUUUAGUUGAAGGCGUGACCGUGCUCUUCUUUGGAGAGGUGGGCUUUUCCGUGGAGAAAGUUUUAGUCGGCGAAGAAGUUGAGGCACUGCUUGAUGAACUUGUGCUGGUGGAGGCCUUGAUCAUCUGUGACGUCGUUCCUUUGGUAUCGAUGGUCGGGCCAGCUUCUGUGGGCGCCUCUUCUUUUUUCAUGAAAAUUAAAAUUAUUUGAGAAUUUCGAAACUUCAACAAACUUUGCUGAGGUCGACGUCGGAAGAGCUGUCUUCGUUGUUGUAGUCGUUUCAGACAAUGUCGUGGACGUCGUAGUGGUGGAAGAAGGUUUUGAGGAGGUUGAAGAUCUUUUAGUAGAUGAAGAUGUGCGCGUCGAUAUUGAAACCGUGACAGGAGUUGUAGAUGUUUUCGAAGUUUUUGUGGUUUUGGAAUGA